ACAGUGCCACACAGUGUCCAAACUUGGUACUACAUGGAGGAAUAUAAUCUUACUCACUUGUAUAUUAAUUUUCAUCUUUGCUUUAGAUUAAGUUGACAAGUUGGCGGAAGAAAAGCAACACUUGAAGAGACAGUUGAAACUCCUCCAUAAACUUUGUAGUGUUACAUCCUGAUGCAGCACGAACGCACGGCGGCCAUUGUUACCCAUCAGGAGGAUGCUGAGGAGUGGAGGCGCUUUCAGGCAGAUCUGCAGACGGCAGUCAUGGUGACGAAUGAUAUCAAGUGGUUUUGUUUCAAUAGGUUCUCAGAAAUGAACUGUAACCAUUUGCAUAUCAAAAACAUCAUUUCCUAAUAAUAAGAAGAUUACAGAAAGGAAGAAAAAAGACAGAUCAACGCAGAAGUUUUAUAAAUCCUGUCUUCCUUAAGCUGCGGACCUGGAUGUUGAAAUGAACCAGAAAUGUACUGAGUUUGGGAAAGGUGACUCUGGAAAAGGGAAUCUCUUCCUUGUAAAUGUCAGUUGUUCAGACCCCGUGUUAACUGUGCUGCCAUACACCGAUUGCUUUAGCAAUAUUAAAAUUUCGGCUUCCUCUACCCUGGAUUGCAACUUAAACAGGAGCCUUCCAGCACCAACACUGGAUGUGUACGACCAUGCCCACAAUCACACACAUUUUGAGAGCCUUGGGCCUUGCACGUGCGUCAGUAUCAAGUGCAAUAUGACUGAUGAUAGAGAAGAUAUAACUGUCACAGCCGAGCUGUCCUUGCUGGAAAUAAACAUGGCCUCCAUAUUCAUCCGACAGUCUCUGUCUCUCAGCCUCUACCUGGUUGCUAAGCUGAUGGGAGACACCCAGGAGCUGAUUGUUACUGGGGAAAUUCUGUAUAACAGUUCAUUAUAUCAGAAUCUAAAGCACGGAGACGACAAGGCUCAGAUUACCGUCACGCUUCUGAAACAGAUCAUUUACACAUUGCCAGUCAUCGCUGGGAGCAACAUAGGUGGAACUCUGCUUUUUCUAAUACUUGUGAUUCUUGUCAAGAUUAACGUCACGCUUCUGGAACAGAUCAUUUACACAUUGACAGUUAUCAUUGGGAGCAACAUAGGUGGAACUCUACGUCUUCUAAUACUUGUGAUUCUUGCCAAGCUUCCACUUUGCCUCUGAGAUUGUUCUCUCAUCACUCAGCUAUGUAGAACACUCGCUUCUGCCAGGGUCUUGGCUUCCACUCGCGCUGGCUGCAAAUGUGCAGGUUGGAGAACACGUCAGUGAGUUUUGCAAAUGUUUGUUUCUUAAAUAUGAUCAGCAUCUCCCAUAAACAGCACAGUCUUUACUCGAGGCUACUCAGUGAGCCAUCUGGAGAUAUCGCCUUAGCUUCUGUGGAUCAGCAUAGCUGAUAUUCUCUGGUCUCGAGGGUCUGGAGCAGGAGAUUAAGUGCCAAACAGGGGGAUUGCCAAAUCAUGAGAACUGCCCUUUGUCUGGUCAGUGACCCUGUGUGCCGAUGAACCCUGCAGAUCUCCUCUGGUGCACAAGAUUGUUGGUGAUGGUUCCCUUGCUGAGGCUGAUUGCUCUCGGCAGGCAGUCUGAGCCAACAGGCCCAGCUUAUUCCCUGGUAGCGCAUCAGCUGAAGGGUUAUCACCAGCCAACAUAGGUCUCUCACAAAACCCACAGUCCAUACAGAGCUCUCUUAAUGGUUUGUGGGCACCAAGAAGCUGGGGUGAUGGGCAGGAUAGUAAAGGUGGACACUAAGUAAAAUGAAAUACUCAGAGAUACUAAAGCUAGUGGACCAGGGAUGAGUUUUGAAAUAUAGAUAUAUAGUAGGGAUCAUCCCAAUAAGGAUUGGGUCAUGGCAUCCAGUGCAAAGGUUGAGCCACAAAUGCUUGCAACUGAGACAUAUACAUAAAUGCAAAGCCAAUUUUUCUACUUGUAUGAAGUAGGCUUACUUAUUGGUUCACUUCACAUCAGUUAUUUCCAUAUGUAAACUUUAAAUAAAUGCAAAACCUUCAUGUGUUCCCAUACACUUCCAGAAGAUACGUCUGGUUAUAUCUGCAGUUACACAUGGCACACACAACACUUACUCUCAGCACUGCUCAAAUCAUGACUUUCAGGCUAUGUGGUAAUACACUGCCCCCCAACAAUGAAUGUGGAAACCCCAAUAACGAAUAGGUUCCGAGCUAGAGAAAACAAGUAAUGGACCCUAUAAUGUUAUCAGACCCUAUAAUGUUGGGAUUAAUCAGGGAGCCAUACUAAAAACCAUGAUUGGGUCUUGCAGGGUAUGGGCAGGGAUUCUGUGCAGGUAAUAGAAUAUAAGUUUGUUUAAUACUUUAUCCUGUUAUAUAUUAAAAGGGGGUAAAAGGACAAACUGGGAGACACUUCAGACAGGGAACAUUUUAAUUGUGUGACAUUAACUAAAAAUAUCAGAAAUACAAGGAAAUCCCUCAUUACCUUUUC